AUGGACCAUUCUGAGGAAGUACAGGACUCUAUUGCACAGGAGACUGUGAAGCCAGCAACUGCUGGGAGCCUGCCGCCUCCCGCUGCUGCUCAAGCUUCAUCGCCGCCUGAGGUUACGUGCAGUGAGCCGCAAACGGGAGCCAGUGAGGAGAAAUCCGACCAGCCCGAAAUCCCACAGAAAACUUCCUCCUCGCUUCCGGAAGGUCACGGCUCCAGCAGCGGAACUGAGGGAGACUCCGGGCACAUAGCUCCUUUGGAACUUGCCAGCCCGAAUUCAGCAGCCGAGGAAUUGCACGGUAAGGUGUUGCGAUCGGUUUUGAGGCUCCGCCACCACACAGCUCCGGACUCGGAGUCGGAUGAUGAAGAACAGGGCCGCCUCCUAGCGCCAGGAGUGAUAACUGCAGGCAGGCCAGCAGCGAGCCAGCCGCUUGCGAAGGGAGAGACUGGAGAUAGUAUCUACAGACAGCCUUCCCCUCCCGUACCAGCGAACCCACAGCGGGUAGCAAACACGGAGCCGGUGACCCACUGCUGGCGAGAUUCCAGUGAAGCGCUAUCCCCACCGGAGAGCGUUGUGCAGGAACUGUUGGAGGACCAAGCUGAAAGUCAACCAGGAGCUGGCGAUGUUACAAGUACCGCCCUCCGAGAGCCGCCUGGUGGCGCGGGAAGCCCGGAAGUGUGCGGGCAGCGCAGUGCCAGUGAGAGAAUGCCAGAGGAGCUGUCCGAGCAAGUCUGACACCGAAACAAAUGGAAUUGAGACUGCAGGUGAAAAUGAUGCAGAAAACAGUGGCCACAUUUUCUAAGAGAUGCAGAAGAGAUGGAAAUCAAGUACAGUAUCAGUACCAGAGCUGAAAAAGCAGACCUCUUGUUUAUUGGGACAAAGGAUGAGUUAAAGUACUGCAGUGUAAGUUUUGUUUCACUUGCCGAACAUGUACAAUCACAAAAUGAAGCUUCUGUGAAGUUAAAUGUAUGUCAGCCUAUACAGUGUCUCCCAUUGUAAAUAAUUCUGUACAAUGCAUCAUUGGGAGACAUGAUUCAAAGUAUAGAUGCACAUUAAUGAUGUUGAGUCUCAUUUGUUAUGUAAUUUCACAUACAGAUAAUAUAUACAUUUGGAAGAUCUCACUCACUGUGCAAUGAUGGUCAUUGAAAUAUAUAGAUUAGGUAGCAAAACAGACAUGUAUUGAAUGUUUCAAUAUGAAUUGCAUGAGUUCAAGCCAGUGUAAAUUAAAUCAUGUAAUUAUGGUGAGAAACACAGAAUGUUGCUAUGUGCAGUAUCUCUCUCCCUCUUUCACAAAUGGGAACACAAUGUCUCACUCCCACACACAUUUACACACACACACACACACACACACACACCCUCUCUCCCACUUCCUCCCUUUGUCACAGUCUUUCUCACUCCCAUACACAAUGAUGAAAUGUGCAUUAUAUGCUGAAGUGCACACAUUAAGAUUACACGGUCUGUUUGGAAGAAGUAAUUUUAACAGAGACAAAUUGUUUGCAACUUCUGAAAGUUUAGAUGAGCUGGGACAAAACCAUUUUUCCUUUUAUGAUGUCCAGGGGGUUGAUGUAGCACCUGAACAGAGUUUCUUGUUAAUAAGUAUUUCAGUUGACAAAGUUCCUCAACUCUGGUGUACGAUAGCACACUUUAAAAAAGAGAAUUUGUAGGAUUUAAAGUACCUUGAUUUCAGUUUUCGUAAUGUUCUUUUUCCCAAUAAAUUGCAUAAUUCUGAACUGUCUGCUACAUUUCUGCAGCCUGGUGAUCGUUUGAGACCCUUCAUGCCCAGAAUUAAUCUAGUGAGUAAAAUAGGCCAAAUGUAAUGUGUGCUAUCUGUUCACUGAAGACAGCUACUGCAACCAUUUUGGUUCCUGUACUGAGUGCCUACUGCUGAAAACAAGGGAUGUAACAAAAUAAAGAUAUUAAUACAAA